AUGUUAUUCGGGGUGACAAGCAAAAUUAGCCUAAGGGGGCUCCGAUCGUGCGAACAAAAUAGCCUAACCAUUUUGAAAAAAAAAAUAUUGAAUUUUUGCUCUCCCCUCAAGAGUACCUUCUUCAGUGGGAUAUACACAAACCCUUGUGGUUGUUAUCAUCCCAGUAAACAAAUACAAAAUUGUGAAAAACAUGAACAGAUUUCUUACAAUACGUAUGUGGGGAGACGAGUGAACUACACACAUUGGAAAAGAAGUAUUACUAGUGUAGCACUACAAAGAAGGAAAGCAAUAUUAGCAAGUAGCGGUGGAGGAUAUACAAUUUUUUCUGAUAAUUGCCAUAUCAUAGAUAGUAAAAAAUUUAGUACAAAAAAUAUAAGAGGAAGACUAUUUUAUAAAAGAAGACCUAAACAAAUACCGAAAUUAAAAAAAAAAAAUUGGAGAUCCAAAUGGUUAGAAGGAGCACCACAGAAAAGGGGUAUAUGCUUAAAAGUGCGUGUUCAAACACCGAAGAAACCAAACUCUGGAUUAAAAAAAAUAGCACGUGUUAGAUUGUCAACAGGUAGGAUAGUCUCUGUUUAUAUACCAGGUAUAGGCCAUAACUUAAAUACACAUAGUAUUAUCCUAGUAAGAGGAGGGAGGUGUAAAGAUAUACCUGGUUGUAAUUAUAAAGCCAUAAGAGGUGUAUAUGAUUUACUACCAGUAAAAAAUAGAUUCCGUGGAAGGAGUAAAUAUGGAGUUAAAUUAUCAGAGGAUAAAAGGAAGCACUUAUUAGAGAGAUAUAAUUUUAAACAAAUUACAAUCAAAAAGGACAUUGAAGAAUUUAAUAAAUUUAAGUGGUUUAACUAUGUUGAUAAGGAUAAAAACUUGAGAAGUAAACCCUUGGAACCACAUGAAAAUGUACCUAUAAAUAUUUUCCACUUCAAUACCUACUACAGGAAUAAAAAGUUUAGGCAAUCCUCGGACGAGUGA